AUGGAUCCCGAGAACAAGCCCCAGGGCCCGUCGCCCCACUACUCCCUCUACCAGCGCGAGAUUUUCAAGCAAGGCGGCACCACCGGACAGCUACCGAGCUUCUCCGUGCACCCAGAAGAAAUGCAGGAAUCCACAAAGAAAAAGCUUACUGACCGCGGUUACUUCUACGCCAACUCGAAUGCAGGUCUCGGCUGGACCGAUAGGGCGAACAGAGAAGCCUUCUACCGCUGGCGCAUUGUUCCCCGCACACUCGUCGACACGAACGUCCGCGACUUAACGACGACGCUCUUCGGACAUCGCGUUCCCGCGCCCAUCAUCUUCGCCCCCAUCGGUAUAAACAAAUUAUACACUCCCCUUGGAGAACUGGUCCCCGCGAAGAUCGCUGGCGAACUCGGUCUCCCGGAUGCGCCAUAG